GAUGAGGAUUUCACUGGGUUUGGGACUGAAUACCGGCCUACACUCUCAGCACACAAUAUCUCUGAAAGUAAGUAGGCUAAUGAUGAACAAUAAUGUGAAAUAUCAACUGUGCUCAGUAAUUCUCACAUUUCCUAGCAGAAAUAUGAAGUAGCCUUCAUGUUUGCCAUUUAUAGCUUUGGUAUCAUACCUAAUAAUAUGCAUGAUCAAGUUAUUGUCUGACAUUGGUCUAUUCAUAUUAAUACACUUUCCCUGUCUUGUUUCUAGGCAGGCCUCUCCAAUUAUCAUUAUUGAAGCCAGAAAAGCCUCCCCCAGCUCCAGAACUUACAGCAAAGCUUGAGAAAAGUGGAGGGAAGUGCUCCGAUGAAGACCCUGAGGUUGGAGAGGGUCAGGAAGAAGAAAACGCUGUGAAACCCAAAAUAAUUGCAGAACUGGCAGCCCAAAAAAAGUCCCCCAGUUCGGGGGUUAAAUCUACAGGAAAGCAGGCUACUGGGACAAAGGCAUCAAAAGGCAAGGGCAGUGCAAACUCAAAUGGUUCCAACAGGAAAAGGGGAAGCAAGGUGGUGGAAUCGUCUUCAACAGCCAGAAAGGGGAACAGGCAAGGCCAAACAACAAAGGUGGGCAGGGGAGGCUCAGGGUCCAGCACAGCCCGACCCCAAACCAGCAGAGACAAGCAGGGCAAACUGGUGUGGACCCUGACAGUGGUCAAAGGCAAAGGGAAGGCCUCCAAGAGCAAAGAGUCCGGUGAGGUAACAGCAGACAAAACUGAAACAGACCAAGCUGAGCCACAGAGGUCUGGGAAGAGGAGAAGAGGAUCUCAGCAAGACCAAACAGGGCAAACUGGUGCGGACCCUGACAGUGGUCAAGGGCAAAGGCAAGCUCAGUCUAGAACUGGACGGAAGACCACCGAUCUCCACACCGCCUCUCAAGGAGUAGCACUGUCCCCUAGACCUGUGAAUAAGCAGCAGCAGAGGAGGAGUGUGUCCAAGGGAACAGGGGAAUCCCUUGAGGCUGGAGCUGAGAUGGAGCAGGAGCCAGCAAUGUCCCAGGAAAGAAAGAAACCAGCACCGUAUAAGCGCAAGUCCAUAUUUGGCCUCAGGAGGAAGCCGGGGAAUGUGCAUAGGCUUAGUCCGCUAGAGUCUGUUGAGAAACGCUUUCGUCGUAAGUUUGUCUUCUACACCUACGUGCCAGAGUACCUCCCAGCCACAGUGAAGCAGGAGGGAAAGGAGCAGCAGCCGUCCCCUGAAGAGAUCGGACAGGGAGCCAGCAGUAACCUCUCCUCGCCUGUGGUGAGCGCCAGGUCUUCACGUGUCAUCAAGGCACCCAAGAGGUUCCUCAAUGACGAGAUAAUAUCCUGGCCCAGGGGCUCCCUGAAAAAGAAGAGCCAAGACAAGGUGAAGGAGGAGGAUGCCAUGAGCCUAUCCUUUUAUGAUUCAGACAAUGAUGACGUUGAACACGUGUCUCGAACUCCAGGUCAAAAUGAGUUCAAACCUAAAGUUGCCGGCUCAACUGGUAAAAAAACACUUCAGACAAGCCUGUCAUCAACCCUUUCUGUGAAGGACUCAACGCUCAGCCCAGGCUCAUCCCACCUCGAGGUCUACGAGAGACUCAAGAAGCUGACCCUCAGCCUGGCCCAGAAGAAGAAGAAAGGCCUUAGUGCUACUGAGGAUGAAACGGCAGAAGAAGAAGAAGCCCAGGAGGACCUGAGUUUGACCUCACCGGUUAGGAAGAGAGGGAGGUCCAAGCUGAAGAUGGAGGACCUCAACUCUCCCGGGGUUGUGAGGAAACUGGCAGUGCUGGUCAGUAACGCUGCUGCUGCAUCCCAAGCUGCAUCAUCUGAGACUCUGGAGGAGGCAGCAAACGACACAGACCAUUUCCAAGGUAAGGCAUUUUGUGUGCUCAGUUAA